AUGUUAGAUUUAGAUAAGGAUUGGUCUGAAUCUCUGCUGCUCAGUGAAGAUAGGCUGGAAGAGGAUCCAAAGAGCUGCCAAUCACAGGUGGAUCAGAAGAUCAGUGAGGAGAAUACCUGUGGCACUUCAAGGACAGCAGCUGCUAGUGGUGGUGAAGGACCCCUCUGUAAGGAGGAGGAGCUGCACAUGCAGCCCUGCCCUGCAGGAGACCCAGAAAAGGAGCUGCAAGCAGAACUCAAACAGGAGCCAGAGGAGCAGCCUCUGACCCCCACACUCCCCCUGCUGGAGUCUGUAGACUCUGGCCUGCAGAUCCAGUCUGUGUGGAGCGAGGCCAGCAGUUUGGAAAUUACUCAAGAAAAAAAAAGACCGCGCAGAAGAAGCUCGGAGCAUGGAGACGCCCGGUUAGAUGACAGAACUCGCUCGGUGAAGGACGAGGGGUCAGCAUCACACCUGGAGCAGAAACAGAAUGGCCGCCCCCAAGAGAAAAAACACUUUUGUGGGUCGCCUGAUGACAUUUUGGCAGAGUUCCCUCUGGGUUCUCCAGGACAGUGUGGUGGAAGCGCCCCGUGUGAGGCGAGUUCUGACACGUCAGCAGAAGCAAAGAGUCCCUGCAGAACUGAGGGACAGGUGGAGGAGUUCAUCUACACACGCUGUGGGAAGACGUUCCCGGACACUCUUGAACUGAAGACGCACGAGGAGCAGCACAGUGCGGGGAAACGGUUCAGCUGUUCAGAGUGCGGCAAGGGUUUCACUUCCUCCAGCGUCCUGGAGAAGCACGAGCAGGUUCACAGCAGGAAGAAACCGUUCACCUGCUCUGUGUGCGACAAGAGCUUCUCCCAGUCAGACGUCCUUAAAGCGCAUGAAAACACUCACGCAGGGCAGAAACUUUACGUUUGUGCAAAGUGUGGAAAACGCUUCAGGUGUGAAGACUUCCUUAAAGCCCACCAGUGCGAUCACACCAGAGAGAAACCGUUCACUUGUGAGAAGUGUGGAAAGUGUUUCUCCAAGAAGAGCCAUCUUAAAACUCACCAGGUUACUCACACAGGAGAGAAACCCUUCACUUGUGAGCAGUGCGGAAGGUGCUUCUACUGGAAGAGCCAGCUUAAAACUCACCAGGUUUCUCACACAGGAGAGAAAUGCUUCAGCUGCUCAGUGUGCAAUAAGAGCUUUUUCUAUCUCCCUGCUCUUAAGCAACAUCAGAGUAUCCACACAGAGAAACCCCACUGCUGCAACGAGUGUGGGAAGCGCUUUACCCGAAUAUAUCAACUUAUAUCUCACCAAAUGGUCCACACAAAAGAGAAACCGUUCUCUUGCGAGCAGUGUGGAAUGUGUUUCUCCAGGAAGAGCAGUCUUAAAACUCACCAGGUUACUCACACAGGAGAGAAACUCUUCAGCUGCACAGUGUGCGAUAAGAGCUUUGCCCAACUCAGUGUUCUUAAGCAACAUCUGAGAAUCCACACUGGGGAGAAGCCGUACCAAUGCAAUGAGUGUGGGAAGAGCUUUGCCCAGUUAAGUUGUCUUAAAACUCACGAAAGGGUCCACACCAGAGAGAAACCGUUCACUUGUGAGCAGUGUGGAAAGGGCUUCUCUGUGAAGGGCCAUCUUCAAAAUCACGAAAGGGUCCACACAGGGGAGAAACCAUUCACUUGUGAGCAGUGUGGAAAGUGCUUCUCCCAGAAGACCGCUCUUAAAUCUCACCAAACCUCAGUCCACAUGGGAGAGAAACCAUUCAGUUGCACACUGUGCAGCAAGAGUUUCUCUUGGAAUCGUUCUCUUCAGAGACACAUACUUUCUCACCAUCAGGACUCCAGAAUAACAAGCAUCCCAACGUCCCAGGAUGAUAAAUAAUGUAUUCAGGAUGAAUUGAAAUCAUUCCCGGGAUACCUUUUGGGACUAAAAGUUAAUAAAAGUUAUUAUUAUUA